UGUUUUUUAGUUGCGCGCUGCGUUUAAUACUCUCUGAGGGCGUCGCUGCCGCAGCUCAGCCUCAGUCAGCGUCAGCGCCUGCGUCUCGGCUAGGUCUUGUCGUUCAGUCACCGCCAGUCGCCAGUCGCCAGUCACCAACCAUUGCCAUCGGCAUCGCCAGCGCCAUCGUUAGCCAUCAUCACUCGCAAACUGGCGUCGCGUCGCGUCACGUCGUUUGUCGCUCGGUUUUGACUUUUUGCUGCUCAGAGCUUUUCUUCUUUUUUUUUAUUUUCUGUUGUUGUUGUGGCUGCUGCUGCUGCGGCUGCUGCCUGCUACUGUUGCUUUGGUCAGUCGAUCCUGACGCCAAGUGACAAGUGAACGCGCGUACAGUCGAGAGAGUGAGAGUGAGAGAGAGAAUGAAUACCACAGCCACUAUGCUGGCCCACAUGGCGCCCAGCCGGAACACAACGCCCGAGCAGCUGGCGCGCCUCAUCGAUGUGCACUUGGGUGAGCUGCGCGAGGAGCUGCCCAACUGGACGCUGGCCCCAUCGCCGGUAGCCGGACGCGGCGUCUUUGCCACACGUCCCAUUGCCGCCGGCGAGCUCAUAUUUCGCGAGCGUGCUCUCGUCGUGGGUCCCACCGCCCGCAAAGGAUCCCAGCUGAACACAUGCGUUUGCUGCCAUCGCCUGUUGUCCGCCAAGCAGUUUCUCUGCCCGCAUCACUGCACGCUGCCCGUUUGUGGCGACUGCGCCGACUCCGAGGCGCAUCAGAAUGAAUGCAAGCACUUCCAGCGCUGGCUGCCCAAGGAUCUGAGUCAGGAGUGUCAGGAUGCAGUCAUUGCUGGCACAGCUACUGCAACCACAACAGCAACAGCAACUGCUGCUGACUCCACGCCGGCGGAUGUGGUGAAUCCGCUGUCGCUGCGCAUACUCACGGCGGUGCGCGUGUUUUAUCUCAGCAAGGAGCAGCGUGCGCUGGUGGAUGCCAUGCAGGCGAAUGCGGAGCGUGGCUAUCGCCAGGAGAUCAUCAAGGCGGCGCAAUGCUUUCGCAAAUUCCCCACCACGGACAAGCCCUUCAUGGAUCAGCUGUUCCGCGUGGUGGGCGUGCUCAAUACAAAUGCCUUCGAGGCGCCCUGCCGUGUCGAUGGACACGAAUCGCUGCUGCGUGGUCUCUUCCCGCUGACCGCCAUUAUGAACCACGAGUGCACGCCCAAUGCCAGCCACUACUUUGAGAAUGGCCGACUGGCGGUGGUGCGUGCCGCGCGAGAUAUACCCCAGGGUGGUGAGAUUACCACCACAUAUACCAAGAUACUGUGGAGCAAUCUGACGCGCAACAUAUUCCUCAAGAUGACCAAGUACUUUGCAUGCAACUGCGAUCGUUGCAACGACAAUACAGAGAAUGGCACUUAUUUGUCGGCGCUGUUUUGCCGGGAGCAGGGCUGCAAGGGUCUGGUCAUUCCCGUGCAGACGAAGACACUGCAGCCGGACUGGCGUUGCCUCAGCUGCGAGAAUGUCUUUCCCCAUGCCAAGAUGGCGCGGUAUCAGGACUUUGCUCUGAAUACGAUAAACAAUCGCAUAAACACGUGCAGCGUCCAGGACAUGAUACACUUCAUCAAUGAGUUCUGCCCGCGCUUCUGUCCGCCGUCCAAUUAUGUACUGAUCGAAGCCAAGUUAAAUGUGAUUUGGCGCAUGACACGCCUGGGCGCCGAGGAGUACACGCCCGAGGAGUAUGCCCACAAGGAUCGUUAUCGCGAGGAGAUUCUAGCGAUUCUACACAAGCUGGGCGCCGGUGAGUGUACGCUCAAGAAGCUCAUCACGGAGGAGAUCCAAUGAAUGUGAACCACUCGAAGCUAAGCCCACAACACUGUAUGUGUGUGUUUAAAUGUGUGUGUGUCCAAGUGUGUAUGAGUGUGUUAGUGUGGCUUACUUUGUGUUUGCAUUAACUGUUUUUUUUUUU